AUGAAACGGCAGAGCGACCGAGACUCCAGCCCCAGCGGACGCGGCUCGUCGUCGUCGGCAAAGCGGCCGCGGGAGCGCGAACGGGAAGCGGAGGCGGGCGGGCGGCGGGCGGCGCACAAGGCCUCCGGCGGCGCCAAGCACCCGGUGCCGGCGCGGACCCGCGACAAGCCCCGCGGAAGCGGCAGCGGGGGCGGGCAUCGCGACGGCCGCGGCGCGGGGGACGCGAACCACCGCGCGAGCGGCGGCCGCUCCUCGGUCUCCGGCGCCGGCGGCGGGGGACGCGGCGGCAAGGCCUCGGGGGACCCGGGCGCCUCCGGCGCGUCGCCCCGCGCGUCCCCGCUGCCGCCGCCGCCCCCGCCGCCGCCGCCGCCGCCCGGGGCUGAGCCCGCAGGCCCCGGCUCGUCGGCGAGCGCACCCGAGUACAAGACGCUGCUCAUCAGCAGCCUGAGCCCCGCGCUGCCCGCCGAGCACCUGGAGGACCGCCUCUUCCACCAGUUCAAGCGCUUCGGGGAGAUCAGCCUGCGCCUGUCGCACACGCCGGAGCUCGGGCGCGUGGCCUACGUGAACUUCCGGCACCCGCAGGACGCGCGCGAGGCCCGCCAGCACGCCCUGGCCCGCCAGCUGCUGCUCUACGACCGCCCGCUCAAGGUAGAGCCCGUGUACCUUCGCGGCGGCGGCGGCGGGAGCAGCCGGCGGAGCAGCAGCAGCAGCGCCGCCGCCUCCACGCCGCCGCCAGGGCCCCCGGCGCCCGCCGACCCGCUCGGCUACCUGCCGCUGCACGGAGGCUACCAGUACAAGCAGCGCUCGCUGUCGCCGGUGGCCGCCCCGCCCCUGCGGGAGCCCCGCGCGCGCCACGCCGCCGCCGCCUUCGCGCUGGAUGCUGCGGCCGCGGCCGCCGCCGUGGGGCUGUCCCGGGAGCGGGCGCUGGACUACUACGGGCUGUACGACGACCGCGGGCGCCCCUACGGCUACCCGGCCGUGUGCGAGGAGGACCUGAUGCCGGAGGACGACCAGCGGGCCACUCGCAACCUCUUCAUCGGGAACCUGGACCACAGCGUGUCCGAGGUGGAGCUGCGCCGCGCCUUCGAGAAGUACGGCAUCAUCGAGGAGGUGGUCAUCAAGCGGCCCGCCCGCGGCCAAGGCGGCGCCUACGCCUUCCUCAAGUUCCAGAACCUGGACAUGGCCCACAGGGCCAAGGUGGCCAUGUCCGGGCGGGUGAUCGGCCGCAACCCCAUCAAGAUAGGCUAUGGCAAGGCCAACCCCACCACUCGCCUCUGGGUGGGCGGCCUGGGACCCAACACGUCGCUGGCGGCUCUGGCCCGGGAGUUUGACCGCUUCGGGAGCAUUCGGACCAUCGAUCACGUCAAAGGAGACAGCUUUGCGUACAUCCAGUACGAGAGUCUGGACGCAGCGCAGGCCGCCUGCGCUAAGAUGAGGGGCUUUCCCCUGGGCGGGCCGGACCGCAGGCUCCGUGUGGAUUUCGCCAAAGCAGAGGAGACUCGGUAUCCCCAGCAGUACCAGCCCUCGCCGCUGCCUGUGCACUACGAGCUGCUCACGGACGGGUACACCCGGCACCGAAACCUGGACGCCGACCUGCGCGUGCGGGAUAGGACCCCUCCGCACCUCCUCUACUCCGACCGAGACCGGGCCUUUCUGGAAGGGGACUGGACCAGCCCCGGGAAAGGCUCCGACCGCAGGAACAGCUUGGAGGGCUACAGCCGCUCUGUGCGCAGCCGGAGUGGUGAGCGCUGGGGGGCCGAUGGGGACCGCGGCCUGGCCAAGCCCUGGGAAGAAAGGCGGAAGCGGAGGAGCCUUUCCAGUGACCGUGGCCGGACAGCCCACUCCCCUUACGAGGAGCGGAGCAGGACCAAGGGUGGUGGGCAGCCCUCUGAGCGGGGCUCGGACCGGACCCCUGAGCGCAGCCGCAAGGAGAAUCACUCCAGCGACGGGAGCAGGGAGGUGAGCGGCAACUCCCUAAGCAACAGCAGGCACGGGGCGGAGGAGCGGGGCCACCACCACCACCACCACGAGGCGCCGGACCCCUCCCACGGCAAGAAGACGAGAGACAGCGAGCGCAAUCAUCGGACCUCGGAGGCCGAGCCCAAGCCCCCGGAAGAGCCAAAACAGGAACCCAAAAAGCUGAAGAGUCUGUCCGAGUAUGCGCAGACGCUGCAGCUGGGUUGGAAUGGGCUGCUGGUGCUGAAGAACAGCUGCUUCCCGACGUCCAUGCACGUCCUCGAGGGGGACCAGGGUGUCAUCAGCGGCCUCCUCAAAGACCACACUUCGGGGAGCAAGCUGACCCAGCUGAAGAUCGCCCAGCGCCUUCGACUGGACCAGCCCAAGCUCGACGAGGUCACACGGCGCAUCAAACAGGGGAGCCCCAAUGGCUAUGCGGUGCUCCUAGCCACCCAGGCUGCCCCCACUGGGCCUGGCACUGAGGGGGUGCCCACCGUGGAGCCAGGCCUGCAGAGGCGACUUCUCAGGAACCUGGUCUCCUACUUGAAACAGAAGCAGGCUGCGGGGGUCAUCAGCCUGCCGGUGGGCGGAUCCAAAGGCAGAGACAGCACGGGCAUGCUCUAUGCCUUCCCGCCCUGCGCCUUCUCCCAGCAGUACCUCCAGUCAGCACUAAGGACACUGGGCAAGCUCGAAGAAGAACACAUGGUGAUAGUUAUAGUCAGAGACACUGCUUAGCCCAAACCUGGCUUUUCCAGGAAGCUCCCUGUUUGUGUCACAAAAGCAGUUAUUUUAAAAUCUGAUCCCCUCCCUGCCCUGCCCUCUGGGUUUGAAUUCCCUGCUGGGUUAUUUUAUUUGGCCGGGAUCCAAGUCCUGUCCACCACUAAAACGAAGUUCUUAGGUUUCUGAGGAUUUUUUGGUUUUUGUUUUUUUACAGUGAUGAGAAGGGACGGUUAUGUUCAUUUCUGAUGUAUGAGAUGCUGUCUGCUGUGUUCUGUAUUUUUUUAUUUUUUUGACUGUGGAAAGUUGUCAGUAAAGCCUUUGUCAGAGGAUGCAUUUUUAA